AUGGCCUCAGACCCCAUCGCAGAGCAGCUCAGACAGUUCCCGACCUGCGACAUCUCAGGCGCCCUCAUCAAGCUAAAAUACCGAAACGGCGGCUUCCUCUCGGGACUCACUCUCUGGUCACCAGAACGCCAGGCGGGCGACACCAGGAUCGCCGGCCCAGCAUACACGGUCAAGUACGCGCCGCUGUCGGACCCAGCGCCCAAGCACCCGACGCACUACAUCGACUCGGUCCCGGCGGGGGCGGUAGUAUUCGUCUCGGCACCGGCCAAGACGCCCAACGCCGUCUACGGCGGGCUGAUGAGCGCGCGGGCCAAGGCGCUCGGGGCGGUGGGCAGCGUCAUCGACGGGCGGUUCCGCGACCUGCACGAGCAGCGGGAGCAGGGCUGGCCUGUGUUCGGGCGGGACGUGGGCACCGCGCCGCCGCAGGAGCUUCUCAAGGUCGUCGGGGUGAACGUGCCGGUUAAGCUGGCGACGGACGAGCAGGACAUGGAGAUCAGGCCUGGGGACUAUAUUAUUGGGGACCUGAACGGGGUUGUGGUGUGCCCGAAGGAGCUGGCUGAGCAGGUCAUUCCAAUCGUGCAGAAGAUGGUUGAUGCGGAUGACAAGGUGAUGGCGGAGCUGCAGAAGGGCAUGGGCUUUGAGGAGGCUAGUAAGAAGUUCAGAUGA